ACAUUCAAAGAUUUAUUUAGUUCCGCCCAAGCAAACAAAAGCUCCGCUGGGGGUUGACAUAAAUCACUGUCUUUCCCAUUAUGUUUUAAAAUCUAUUUAUCAUUAAAAGACUCAUCCUUGCUAAUUUCGUGGCGUAAAUUAUCUUGUACAUCAUUUUUUACGCUAUCACUAGUCUGCGCUGUAGGACUGAUCAUUUCGCAACAACAUCACAGCACACAGCAGCAGCAGUAACGUCUCGCCAACUCACCACCACCUAUUACCGUCAAAAAACAACGAAAAUACCGGCGUCUAACCUUAUAAGACAAAAUGGAACACUCUACGCUUUGAAACAGACUUAUUAGGCCUGGGUGGUUCCUACUCUGAAGACAAAACAUCUGAUGAGAAGAGGAGUGGGUUGAGCAAAAUAACAGCUAAAAUUAGCCAAGAGUCCAGAGACAUCCCUGUUCGUGUUCGUGGGUUCGUUGGUGAGUGGUGGAGUGGUUGACCCCAGCCGUGACACUCCCUUGUGGACAUGUGUGCAAUGCGCGUGGACGCUAAAGUGGUGAUGUUAGGGAAGGAGAGUGUGGGAAAGACCAGCCUCGUUGAGAGAUACGUGCACAACCGCUUCCUGGUUGGACCCUACCAAAAUACGAUCGGCGCUGCAUUUGUGGCCAAAGCGAUUCAAGUUGGAGACAAGGUCAUCACUCUGGGAAUAUGGGACACUGCCGGGUCAGAGAGAUAUGAAGCUAUGAGCCGAAUCUACUACAGAGGAGCAAGAGCUGCUGUCGUCUGCUACGAUUUAACAGACAGCAGCAGCUUCCAAAGAGCAAAAUUCUGGGUAAAGGAGCUACAGAACUGUGAAGAGCAUUGUAAGAUUUACUUGUGUGGAACAAAAAAUGAUUUGAUCCAAGGAGACCGGAGCUUGAGACAGAUCGACUUCCAUGAUGCACAAGACUUUGCUGAAGAAAUCGGAGCGCAACAUUUCGAGACCUCAAGUAAAACAGGAAACAACGUGGACGAGUUGUUCCAGAAGGUUGCAGAAGAUUACAAUGACACAGCAUUACAGUUUAUGACAGAGGAGACGGGGGUGGACCUGGGUCAGAAAAAAGAUUCUUACUUCUACUCGUGUUGCCACAGCAACUGAAUGUACAAAAUUUUGAAUACUGGGACAGUGAACCAAGUCUGGACACAAACCAGGUCUAAAUCAGGACUAAACCAGGUCUUAAACAGGACUUAAAAGACUUGAAUAAACUCUGGUUUGUAUGUAAAACGUCAAGCUGCACAAAAACUGAAACUGGAAUCUCUCAAAUUGAACUGUGGACAUCAUUUUGAGGAGAUAAAAAAGUCAAACCAAAAGAGGGAAGAGUGUGAACAUUUAUAAAGUUUACAGUGAAAAUCUGCUGCCUGAGAAUGUUAUAGGGGAUAGCAUUUUAUUUCUGAUCAGCACUGCAAUUAUUUUGUGCUUUUGUGGUAUAUGAACAAAGCUGACAAUUGUAAAGAUUUUUGGAAACUAUGAUGACAACUUGAAUUAAAAACUCUAUGUAACUAUUCUGGUGAGGGGUCUGCCACCUGCUUGUCUCCUUGGAGACAUUAUUGCUAUGACUUGAAUAUUCCACUACCUGCCGUUCAAAUUGUAUAUCUUGCAUUUUUUCCAAUUUUUGUUUUAAGCUAAAAUGAACACACUAAAAUACAUGCAUAUUGUCACCUCUCCACAGAUCCAACAUUUUAACUUGCCCUAGUUACAGACAUUUCUCUGUGAAGAAGCAGUUGGUAUACCUUCCACCAGAAAAGUUACAUAGUGUACCUUUAAAGUGACUUGCUCAGUUCCUCUUUACCACCUUUUUUUUUCUUUUUUUCUUUAAUGUGUCCCUCACAUUGCAGCCAACCACAGUAGGCAAAUGGAUUGAUGGGGUAGUGGGUGUAAGUUUUGCCCAGGGGCACAAUGGCAGUAGGUGAUUGAACCUUCCAGUUUCUAAGCAGGUGCCUAAACCUCUAGAUUACAGCCUUUUACUAAUGAAAUAACAAAAUAAAAUUGAACAGUAUGAUGCCACAAAACACAAGGAUAUUGUAAUCACGUACAUAGUUGCUAAAUUGUUAAUUUUGCAUCACAAAUUAAAAUUUGUGAAACAGGAAAUUGUUCUUUUUAGAUCUUUUUUAUAGUUCUCAAAACUACAGGUACUGUCCUUUCUCUCAUGAUUGUAUUUAUUUUAGCUUUUUUAAAUUGUGUUUCCAUGAGGGACACACUGUGCUGCUGGAGGUUUGAUGUGCCAUUUGAUGAUAUAUUUGGAAGCACAAAGUUGUAUUCCAGGCUGAGACAGAGCUUCUGAAAAACAUGUUCAAAUGUGUUCAAUUAAACUCGAAUGGAAAUCUACUAUUGAUUUUUUUUUUUUUUGUCUAAA